AUGGCAGAAACGGCCUCAAACACCACCACCUUUCAAGGCACACCCAUACGACUCUACGAAGCCGAUCUGAAGGCCGUCCCUUUUGACAUGUCGGAACUCCUCGCGUCCUACUCUGGCAUCCCACCCGCCGAACAAAAGGACCACAUCCUGCGCGUCCGCGACCGAGCCUACGCCACACACCCUUACCCUUGCCUGGGUCGUUGGAGGUUUUUGGAACUCGACCUCUCCUCACACCCUCUGUACAAGACCGACGUUUUAGGUCCCCUCGUGCCGUCCGACAAGAACAAGUCUACCACCGACUCUUGGUUGUUCCUCGACCUCGGUUGCUGUUUGGGUCAAGACGUACGCAAACUCAUCCACGAUGGUGCGGACCGCGAGCGCGUCCGCGGAGCCGACCUCAAACCCGAAUUCAUCGAGAUGGGGUAUGAACUUUUCAACGACCCCGACACGUUGCCGCGACAAAAACACUUCGUCUCCCCGGCCGACGUGUUUGACCAGUCGCCCUCGGCCAACCUCGCGGUCUGUGACGGCAAAGUGGGUAUCCUCCACGCCAGUGCCGUUUUCCACCUUUUUGACCUUCCGGGGCAACAGCGCAUGGCCAGGCGGUGUCUGAAGCUACUGGAUCAGCGGCGGGGUAGGGUCUUGUUGUGUGGAGCGCAGGUCGGAAACGUCGACCCCGGAGAGGCUCCGCGCGUGACCACCAAAGGGACCAGGUACAGACACGACGGCGACAGUUGGAGGCGCAUGUGGGAGGAGGUGGUUCGAGAGGAUGAUGUCUGGGCAGCCAAAAUUCGCAACGUCGACGUCGGUUGCGAGAUGGAAGAGUGGGUGGGUAGGAAUGAGAUGGAAACAAAGGGACUCGUGGGUGACGACGGUCAAGCUCCAGGCGAGGGGUUGAAAAAGAGACAGAUCGGUAGGGUCGAAGACGGGUUUCGCUGGAUGAGGUGGUGGGUUUGGAUUGAUUUUGUGUAAAGUCACCUCCCACGCUUAACCUUUCGGAGCGUCGACGAAGCUUGUAGGACAAACCUGUGGCGGUAGACCGAGGAUGGACCAAGGACACGAGUGGCUCUUUGAGGUGAAAGAGGUGGCAGAGCAAUGAAGGAGCAGAUUUGAGGAGACAUGAACAGACAUGAACAGAUCGGACAUGAGGAACGCGACGGCCUU